GUUUGUCAAGUUGAUAUGUGAUUAUUAAUUUAUUAUUAAGAAAAAUAAAAAAAUAGACACAAAUAUCGCGCGUCUCCAAGCACUGGCUACUUGCCUCAAUCAUCAUAUUCAUCAACAACAGAUACAGAUUCUGUAACCUAAACCAAACAUCAAAACUAAAAACCCUAUUCACUUUUUUUUUUAUUUAAUUUCCUCUUAAUUACUCAUAUUAAUUAUGAUAUUUUCCAAGCUCGGCCGUGGCCUCACGCGAUCUUCUCAUUCUAGAAAUUUGUUGUACGGUACUGGUGGACUGCGAUCGGCGAUUGAGGGUGGGGGGAUUCUUCGGGUACCACGUGUUGCGGAUGGAGUGGAUGGAAGAUUGGGGUUUUGGACGGGAUAUUUAGCUGCAAUAGGAGGUCAAAAUGACUCGUAUUUGUCAGAUUUGAAUCAUGCUCUUGCGAACCCUAUAAUUCGCAGGUUUUUCUCCACUGAAGCGCCGAAGAAUAAGAAAAAUUAUGAGAAUUUCUACCCAAAGGAGAAGAAGGAAAUACCAAAAGGAAAUGAGCAGAAAUCUGAGUCCAAAGGUUUUGUUGGGGAAAUCUCGACUGGAGCACAAAAUGACUUAGAGAAGGUGACAAAAAUGACAUAUGACCAAUUUGCAGUGUAUGGCUUUAGUGAUAAGAGGAACAACAAACUUAAUGGAGUUCUGAUGGGAUUGGGGUUUGCUGAGAGCGAAAUACUGGUUCGACAGAUUAGUUUCCAAGAGUUCAAAAACAAACUUCUGGAACCUGGUUUAGUGGACCAUAUAGUUGUUUCUAACAAAUCAGUUGCAAAAGUAUAUGUGAGGAGCUCCCCACCCAAUCAAACUAGUGUAGAUGAUUUCCAAGGUCCUGUCAGUGGUGCGCCUGCAAAAGGACAUGGGGUUCAGUAUAGAUACUACUUCAAUAUUGGCAGUGUUGAGUCUUUUGAGGAGAAGCUGGAGGAAGCCCAGGAAGCUCUGGGGAUAGACCCUCUUGAUUAUGUACCUGUUACUUACAUCUCUGAAAUGGUUUGGUACCAAGAAUUGAUGCGGUAUGCACCAGUACUCUUUCUUUUGGGAACCCUCAUGUUUGCUGGGCGGGUAAUUAAAAUAGAUGCUCGCGGUUUGCAUGGAAAAGGUGGAAUAUUUGACAAAGGAAAAGCCCAAGUAACAAAAAUACGCAAAAAUGCCAAGAAUAAGGUCUAUUUCAAAGAUGUUGCUGGCUGCGAUGAGGCAAAGCAAGAAAUCAUGGAGUUUGUGCACUUCCUCAAGAAGCCGAAGAAGUAUAAGGAACUUGGAGCGAAAAUUCCAAGAGGUGCGCUUUUGGUUGGCUCUCCAGGGACAGGAAAAAUCCUCCUUGCAAAAGCAACUGCAGGGGAGUCUGAUGUGCCUUUUCUGUCAAUAUCUGGUUCAGAUUUCGUGGAGAUGUUUGUUGGUGUUGGACCAUCUAGGGUUAGAGACUUGUUUCAAAAAGCAAGGAAGUGUGCUCCUAGUAUAAUUUUUAUUGAUGAGAUUGAUGCUAUUGGUCGAGCAAGGGGGCAUGGAGGCUUCUCAGGUUCCAAUGACGAGCGUGAAAGCACACUCAAUCAGUUGCUGGUAGAGAUGGAUGGCUUUGGGACUACUUCUGGAGUUGUUGUGCUUGCUGGCACUAACAGGCCCGAUAUUUUAGACAAAGCUCUAUUGAGGCCUGGUCGUUUUGAUCGCCAAAUAGCUAUUGAUAAACCUGAUAUCAAAGGCCGUGAGCAGAUAUUUCAGAUCUACUUGAAAAAGAUCAAACUUGAUCAUGAGCCAUCGUAUUUCUCUCAAAGGCUUGCAGCACUUACUCCUGGAUUUGCUGGAGCAGACAUUGCAAAUGUUUGUAACGAAGCUGCCUUGAUUGCUGCAAGGGGUGAAAGUGCACAGGUCACAAUGGAUCAUUUUGAGUCUGCUAUAGACAGGGUGAUUGGUGGUCUUGAGAAGAAAAAUAAGGUGAUAAGCAAGCUGGAACGCCGGACUGUUGCUUACCAUGAAUCAGGCCAUGCUGUUGCUGGCUGGUUCUUGGAACAUGCAGAACCUUUGUUGAAAGUGACAAUUGUUCCUCGUGGUACGGCAGCACUUGGAUUUGCCCAGUAUGUUCCAAAUGAAAAUCUUCUUCUGACAAAGGAGCAGCUUUUUGAUAUGACUUGCAUGACACUAGGUGGUCGAGCAGCUGAAGAGGUUUUGUUGGGGAAAAUCUCGACUGGAGCACAAAAUGACUUGGAGAAGGUGACAAAAAUGACAUAUGCCCAAGUUGCAGUGUAUGGCUUUAGUGAUAAGGUGGGUCUCCUCUCUUUUCCACAAAGGGAAGACUCAUUUGAGAUGAUGAAGCCCUACAGCAGCAAGACGGGGGCAAUUAUAGACAGUGAAGUGCGAGAAUGGGUGGGCAAGGCAUAUACACGAACGAUUGAACUUAUAGAGGAACACAAGGAGCAAGUGGCUCAGAUUGCUGAGUUAUUGCUGGAAAAGGAAGUUCUCCACCAAGAUGAUUUGCUUCGAGUUCUGGGUGAACGGCCAUUCAAAUCCAGUGAGCUGUCAAAUUAUGAUAGAUUCAAGCUAGGUUUUCAAGAGGAAGAGAAGAGUUCGCAGGCAGCAGAGAGUGGAGGUGUGGAGGAUGGACCUCCACCUCUGGAACCUCAAGUUGCCCCCGCAUAGUAAGUGGGGGGAAAUGUUUGUGUUCAUACGAUAGAUGGUCUACGUUCCUUUGAUGAAUUUUUUACUCGUGUAAUUUUUAUUCAUAAUUAUAGUGUUGUAUUUUCCUUGAAAAGAUAUUUUGACAAAUAAGGUCUCCAAUUGUCAAAUGUUUUCGUGGGCACUGGGAUUGCUUUAUUGACGGUUGAAUAAUCUUUUGCCCCUGCCUGCAUGAUUGACCUCCAGAAUCAUUCAAGUUGUUGCCUGCUUCUUCGUAUGGAGCUACAGAGAUUUCAUAGAAGACGCUGAAAAUUUUAUUCAGCUUAUUAUUAGUCAUUCACUGUAGCAAUAUUUAUAAAAGCCAUCCGAUCCGAGGCCUGAGCCUGAUGGAGUUGACCCUAUUAUUCCAGAUAUCGGGGCUUAACACAAAGGUAAUCGGGAUUCGGUUAUGUUAGUGAAACUAUAAUGAGAUGAUAAUGUAGUUGUGCCUAUCUCUAGAAGUGUGUUGAGAGAAUGUAAUAAAUUAUGUUUGGGAGUAUUUAAUAAUGUACUUUCAAGCGCUUGUUCA